UCAGUUAUCCAGACCCAGGAACUCUAGGCAAAGUUUCUAUGGUCAUGUCCUCUCUAGCCCGGCCGCUUCUCUAUGGUUUCCGUAUAGGUCGCUCUAGGCUGCGCAGAAGACGGCGAGAUGUCUCUGACUACCUUUCUAAGCGGCCAGAAACUCCGGAGGGUGUCUCGCUGGUAGCGUGGUCAGCCAUGGGGACAAUGCAAAAAGCCCUGGUCACGGUCGCAGUACUGGUCGCUGGGGCCGGCGUGGGCUCCGCGCUCUUUGCUUUCGUGGCCCCAGGAGAGCUGCAGAAACAGGCAAUGCUGAAGGAGAUGCCGGAGCAGAACUCACAGCGGAAGGACGAAGCAGCCAGGACCCAGCAGCUAGUCUUGGCCACUUUGCAAGAGGCAGCGGCCACGCAGCAGAACGUGGCCUGGAGGAAGAACUGGGUGGUUAGCCGUGGCGACGGGAAAUCAGCGUAAGCUAAACUGGACUUGACCCUGUGGGCGCUGAGAACUCGGCCUGGGCGCAGGAAUCCUUGGCGGCCUUUUUCCUCCGUGGACUCGGCAGAGUUGCCGGCAAUGCAGUAUCCAGGACUGACCCGGGUCAGGGGAGCUACCACCGGGUGAGCGCGUUCUCCGUAAACCUCACACCGAUUACUUUAACGUCCACCUGCGGGCCGGGGUCAGAAAUGGCAACUAAAGGAACCAAAAACUAUGUUACUCCAUCCAAGAGUGAACUCUGCAGUCAGUUGCUUAGAGAGCAGUGGGAGCUGGUGCCAUAGGAAUAUUUGACAGGCUGCUGCCUGUCCCGGCUGCUGAAGAGGGGCUGAAGCCUAAUAGGCAUCAUGACGUUUUCAAAAAAUUGGAUCAUGUGGUAUAAGUUUGAGUAACUUCAGGAGAUAACCAAGUGACAUUCCUGAAAUCAGAAUUAUCUUGGAAAAUAUAGCAAUGGAUGCCUGUGGAGAACACUCAGGGUUCCUGUUGUUUGAGCAAGUUGAAGGGGGACAUCUAGCACGUAACAUGUGCCCUAAUGCUUUCUAUGCUCAUUUCACUUCUAAUUAUACAAGCUUAGAGAGGCUAA